CUAGCUCGAGCGCGCUGCCCGCGGCCGCGUAUCGUGGCUUCGGAGCCGCCACCGGUCGUCCGGCAGCGCAUACCACGCGCCCGAAGCCUCAGCGCAGCUCGACGCCGCGCGGCGCCGCAGCGCGGACGGGACUGGGCAGCCCCCAGACCCAUGGAAUCCUGGUCGAGGGACGCGCCCGUCGAUCUACAACCGACGCACCUCCCCUCCUUACUGUUCAACAACCUCGCCAGUAGCAAAGGUUUACUUGCUUACGCGCACGACUCGCAAGUGACGAUCCUCGAGGCGCGAGGCACUAAUAACAAAAGGACAUUGCAACUGCGGACCAAGGUCCUCUCAUCAGUGUUCGUCGACGGUGAGACGCUCGUCGUCGGUGCCGCGGGCUACGUGGAGAUCUGGCAAGUGCCCUCGCCGGCCAAAGCGCGGCUCGUGAAGAGGCAUGCGCUCGGCGACUUCGCGGACGACGACGCGACACAACCUUUCUGUCGGGGGAGUGCCCUUGUACAAGGUGUGAUUUGCGUCGGGUGUUCUUCCGGAGAAAUCCUGAGGUUCGAGGGCGACCGUCAAACGCAAUCGUUGCGGGGCCACCGGGCGCCCCUGACGUGUCUAGCUAAUUCUUCAAAACUAGUCUCGGGAUGCGACCGCGGCGAAAUACGCUCGUGGGAGGGCGACGAAAGUUUUGUCAUCGAGGACGGCACGCGCGCGGCGGACAUCGGCGGGGACCCCUGUUCGUCAAUAGCGGUCUACGACGAUCAGAUAGUGGCGGGCUUCGCGUCGGGCCGCGUCCGCUGUUACUCGGCCAAGGGCGAGGUGUUGCACGACCUCCAAGCGCACGCGCGGUGUCUGACGGCCCUCACGAUACAGGGAGACCGCCUCGCGACCGUCGCCGAGGACGCCCACGUCUUUGUGUGGAGCCUGCCUUCCUUGGAGAUGGUCCACGCGUCGCACGUGACGGAUUCGCUCCUGACCGGCGUGGCGUUUCUGGACGAAAGGUCGCUCGCGUGUACGGCGUACGAUUCACAAACGGUGACGGUGCUGCGGCGCGAGUCGUAA